UUGCCUGUAUAACGCCCCCGGUGCGCUACCUACCACAUGUAAGAAGAUCCAGCCAGCAGCAAACCCAACCAAGUACACUAAACCUAUCCGCGUCAUGCAACAGCAGCAGCACGAGCAAGAGCAAGCGCCAAAGCCAAACCUGGGCUGUGCAGAGCAUGGUGGGAUGCAACUGCGGUUAGGCCCCAACGAUAAUAACGAGAGGGGUGAUCCCGCACGAACUAGCGUGGGUGAAUCUGCUAUUCCUUCUGCUGCUGCUGCUCCUACUGCCGCCGGCAACGCACCCAGAGAGGCGGUGACGCUGACAUCACGAGGAGCUGAGGUCCACCGCCCCCAACAAGAACAACGAGGGAAACAUGACCUGCUACAGGGUGUUACUCAGGCUACUGCUAGGCUAAGUACCUCCAUCAGUUCGCAUGGCGCGGCUAUAGGACAAGGUGACCUUAGACCUAGCUCUAGCCACCCCUCUAGCGCUACUGCUGCAACCGCCGAAAAUUACGAACAGCAGCACGUGCACAGCGUGUAUGAGUCGAUCGCUUCGCAUUUCUCAUCUACCCGCUACAAACCCUGGCCCCUGGUUACCUCCUUUCUGGCGUCUAUCCCGCCGGGUUCUGUUGGUCUUGACGUUGGUUGUGGCAAUGGGAAGUACCUCGGUGUUAACCCCGACCUAUUCAUCCUCGGCUCGGACCGUAGCGCAAACUUGGCCCAACUCGCCCGCGAACUCAAAGUAGCUUCGGGGGCGACUCAAAGUGAUAGAAGUAGCGCAGAUGUGGUAGGUGUUGCUGACGGUCUCGACUUGCCAUUUGGAGGCGGGGGAAAACGGGUUGAUUUCGCCAUAUGCAUUGCUGUCAUCCAUCACUUCUCAACACGGGACCGGCGCAUUGAGGGCGUCCGGGCCCUGCUCGAUUGUGUUCAGCCGCGAACUGGGAAAGUCCUGGUGUACGCCUGGGCCCUCGAACAGGGAACUAGCCGCCGAGGUUGGGAUGAAGGGACUGCGGACCAAGAUCAGCUAGUGCCGUGGGUCUUGAAAACCAAUAAGCCCAAAAAGUCGAAGAAGGAGGAGACUAAUAACAAAGAGAAUAGUGGUGACGGUGAAGAGACAAGAAAAGCUGAAACAGGGGUCGCAGAGGCCACCUAUCAACGAUAUUAUCACUUGUAUAGGAAAGGAGAGCUAGAAGAGGAUGUCGUGACUGCCGGCGGUGAAGUUUUAAGCAGCGGGUACGAAAAGGAUAAUUGGUGGGCAAUAGCAAGCCCUAAAGAGGAGACAAAAGACACAACUUCAGAAUCUAUAAUAUCGCGAUAGCAAUAUUAUUUCAACGACAACCACAUCAAAUUCCAUAUCCAAAGAACC